AUGGGCGACCCUGAACCCCGCGAACGGGUGUGGUGCGGGCGCUAUCGUAGCCACAAAAAAGUGUCGCGGACGCGACCCCGCUACAAGUACACGCCGGACAACACCAGGCGAGACAUCCCACAGCACCUUCAGCUGGGUGCAUGGCACGCUGACGCUGACGAAUUGACGGUGCGACGUGGACGAGGCCUGCGCAAAGGCGAAGACGUAAUCGACGCGCCAGACGGACACGACAGCGCCCCCGGGAAGCCUACCUGCAGCGCACUCAAAGCCUCGAGGCCUGUCGCCAAGAAGGAAGCCAUGGUGUUUACGAAGAACUACUACGCCGUCCUCAACCUGGCUGCGCCGGGGCUGGGAGAACAGCUCACGCAGGAGGGGCUGAGGAAGGCGUACAAGACGAGUUUGCUGGCCGCGCAUCCGGACAAAGCCGCGGCUGGUGCACCCGCGGCCGGGGAAGGGAAGCACACCGUCGACGACGUCAAGGAAGCGCUCGCCGUGCUGAGCGAUCCGGGGCGGCGGGGCGCGUUUGACAAGUGGCUCGCGGCGCAACGGCAGCGUGGGGAUGCUGGCGCGGGGUGGGAAGGGAACGGGCAGGAGGACUUUGUGCUGGGACUGGAUUUGUUGGAUCUCAGUGAUUUCGAGGCGGGGAUGCCGCCGUUCGUGCGGAUGCGGACACCGGACGGCGACGAGGACGGAGAGCUGGAUGGCGCCCUGGACUUCGACGACCUCGACCCGCCCUCUCCGUCCUCCUUCCCUGCAGCUGCGGCUUCAAACGGGGACCACGCCGCUGUCUCAGACCUGCCUGCCUCGCCUGCACGUCCUUCAGAAAUGCAUGAAGAGGAGAGGGGCGGGGAAGAAGGCGAAAUGGAAUGGACCCGCGCCUGUCGGUGUGGCGCGGAGAAGGGUUUUCGGAUCCGGGAGCGGGAAUUGGAAGAUGCGGAGGGGAGGGGGGAGAAGGAGGUGCUGGUUGGGUGUGAGGGGUGUAGUCUGUGGGUGAGGGUGGGGUUUGAUGUUGAGGAGGGUUGA